UGACAGAUGACAUUGUGGUUGUACAAACACGUUAAAACUAAAAAUGUCCACUUUUCAAUGAAAAAUUAUCCAGAAAAUAAGUCAAAAUUCAAAAUGAAAAUCCAAUGAAAAUUCGACGUGACAAAGAAUGCCGGACGGAUUUUCCUACGACCAACUAGCGCCCUCCUCCUCGAGCAGCGACGAAGGAAUAAGGGAGGAAAACACCAAGGAUUCCAACGUGAACGAGGUCUCCUCAUCCACCCUGAACGACAAAGGGAUGAGCCUCCAUUCUUUCCCGGUGGAGAGCGAAAUUUUCGUGGGAAAAUCGCCGCUUUCCAUCCAGACGUUUCUGAACGACAGCCACGUCGGUCCCCGCAGAAAGAUGGACUCUUGGAAUUUUUCCAUGCAGAUACCUCCGAGCCCCAAGAGACCCAAGUUGGUCGUUUCCACGUUCAGAUACAAAUACCUACCACCAAAACCCGUUUUAUCGGUAAUUCCAGCUAGGAUUGUUGAAAUACCAAGUAGAAAGGAUUAUAUGAAGUCUAAAGACACCAAUACCGAGGAUAAAAAACCCUUAUUGACGACACAUAACGUGCCAGCAUUCGCUAUAUCCAACAAAGCCAACAUGUCCAUCUCAACAUUCCGAGAAGAAAUCUUACCGUUCGAUAAACACGCAGAAUCCUCGGAAAACCUGAAAAAACUAGCCAGACAGAUGAUGACUCUACAGGGCGUCUUCAAAAGGGUCAGGGUGAUCCGCGAUCUGAACCCGUACACGGUGAAACGUCCGAAGGGUUCGGGAUGCGUGGAAAUCAAACAAUUCCUCGAAAAUGCGGAAACUCAAACGGCUACCACGAUCGCCCAAAACACGGAUUUCUCUCCCAGCAAGGUGGAAUCCCUGAUUUUAGAAUGCGAGUUCUACAGGGCGGCCGCGAACCUCAUCAGGCGCUAUCCGUUCUACUACGAUUUCCUGAAGAGGUGCUACUCGGGGGGAAACUUCGACGACCGUCACGAGAAACUGAGGCACUUGAGGCCGAAACAGAAGAAUUUCAAGAGGGCUGUCAUACACGCCCAAGGUUGCAACAACGGUCAUCUGGAAGCCGUCAAUUCCGUCCUGUUGGAGGUUUUUCAAGAUCAAGAUUGUCUAUGUCUCGAAUAAAUUAUGUCUAUUGUUGUG